ACCCAACGCCCUGCUCUCCCCCACGGGGGCCAGGAGUUGUUGCUCGAUAUGCACAACCUUUCGGGAAACUCUCUCUAACCUUUAAUGCGAUACCGAGGUCUAGGUUUUGGCAUGGCAAGUGCUUCGACGGCUCCCCCGAUCUACGAUAUACCGGUAUGUAUGGGUGGUUGCUCCGCCUCAAGACUUAAAUUGCGUCUGCAAUUCCCCUUACUACGGUAGAAUACCCGUAUCUUCUCUCCUUGCCCUUACCCCUCUCCAUGAUUGUAUUGUGUUGGCUGAUGCUUUCUACCCACCGUUCCACAGUUCCCUCCUUGCUCGUAAUGUACUCGAGUAUAGUACAGCAUCUUACACCUGCUUCACCCCCGCAUCCAAUAACUUAUCCCGCUUCCGCAUUUCAACUCGCUUCCCGAUUGGGUUCGCUAGCACUGCCGGUACCGGUACGGUAGGCAGGACCCCAUACGGUACAAACGAGCUCUCCCCGCGCCCCCUUUGCCUGUCGGGAAACACGGAGAGAACAGGAUACCGUACUGCCACCACCACCCAACCGUCACAGUUCCAACGCUCACGAUACAAUAGCCUCCAGCAAUGCCCUUCUGGCCCGCCCACCCGACCUCCCACCACUCCCGCAGCCCCAUAACCCUGAAAACCGGGACCAAAACCCUCCCAUUCUCCGCCUUCGCAGCCCCCCUCCUAACCCCUUUUCGGGCAAACCCCCUCCUCUUUAACGGCCACUUGCAAACCUUCUGGACGGCCGUGAAAUGGAACGAUCCGCACACAAUCCACUAUGCCCGGCAGCGCCUGCAAAACCCUGCCGACGGCGGGCACUUUACUGUGGACUUUGUCGUGCCCGAGCCAUUCCCCCCCGCUCCCUCCUCGACAGAGGCGGUGACGGGAGGAAGGCUACCGCCGCGAACGAGGGAUAUGACGGAGGAAGAAGGAGCAAGGCUAGGCUCUGACGACGACACGCCGAUGGUCAUAGCACUGCACGGGUUAUCUGGUGGAAGCCAUGAGCUGUACCUUCGGUCUGUGAUAGCGCCCUUGACGAGGAAGGUUGAAGAGGGCGGGAGUGGAUUCGCUGCCUGUGUGCUGAAUGCCAGGGGAUGCGCACUCUCGGAGGUUACCACGGGGCAAUUGUUCAACGCCAGGUUUACCGCGGACCUUAGGCAGAUGGUGAGGUAUUUACAAGAGGUGUAUCCGAGACGGCCGCUGUAUGCCGUAGGGUUUUCAUAUGGGGCUAAUAUCUUGACCAAUGUGGGUUUGCGAUUCCCCGGGGAGAAAGUGGGAAGAGUCCCGGCUAAUGAUGGGGAUGGGAGCAGUACAUUGGCGAAGAGGGUGACAAGUGUGCUUUCAAAGCUGUAGCGCUAUGCUCUAGCCCUUGGAAUCUGGAAGUUGCGAGUAAGGCUCUACAUAGGACUUACUUGGGGUCUGAAGUCUACUCCAAAGUUAUGGGAGGGUGGGCAUUUCCCAACCUCCCCCCCACUUAUAUAAACCCCAAUUGCUCAGAAUUUUUCUAGAAACAUGAGAAACCUCUUUGAAAUCCACAUUGACAACUUUUCCGAGGACCCCCGGAUAGACGUUGAUCUUGUCCGUCGCGGGAAAUACCUCUACGAGUUUGAUCGGUAUGCCCACCACUUCCCUGCCAAUCGUUGAUGCAUACUGGGACUAACAUUUCCAUCACAGUGACUUCACUGCGCAGAUAUUCGGUUACGCUACUGUCGGCGCAUACUACAGGGACGCGUCCUCGGUGGAUAACCUUCUAAAAACCCGCGUGCCGACGUUUAUAUUACACGCAAAGGAUGAUCCUGUGUGUCCUACCCCAACACUACUGGAAGAUAUCAUCUAACCUUACCAGGUUGCGGUGGACGAAGGUGUCCCAUAUGACGAGGUUAGGGCCAAUCCGUAUUGUUUCAUGGCCACCACUCCCACUGGGGGUCACUUGUCAUGGUUUGAGUAUGGAGGUGGUAGAUGGUUUGCUAGAACGGCAUGUCUAAUACUCCUAUUAUCUCUCAGCAUGACACUAACAUCAUUUCAGGUCGUGGAUUUCUUCACAGCAUUCGCGAGAGAAGUGGUAGAAGUUAACCCCGUGGACGAAACACUAAAACAGUAG